AUGACGAGGAGACACUCCAUCACAGUCACUACUCUCACCUCAGCUGGGAACACUGGGGAGGAUGGAAUCCUGAGCUGCACUUUUGAACCCGACAUCAAACUUUCUGAUAUCAUGAUACAGUGGCUGAACGGAGGUGUUAUGGACUUGGUCCAUGAGUUCAAAGAAGGCAAAGAUGACCUGUCGGACCAGGAUGAAAUGUUCAGAGGUCGGACAGCAGUGUUUGCUGAUCAAGUAAUAGUUGGCAAUGCCUCUCUGAUGCUGAAAACUGUGCAACUCACAGAUGCUGGUACCUAUAAGUGUUACAUCAUCACUUCUAAAGGCAAGGGGAAUGCUAACCUCGAGUAUAAAACUGGAGCCUUCAGCAUCCCAGAAGUGAACAUGGACUGUAACGCCACCUCAGAGAGCUUACGAUGUGAGGCUCCCUGAUGGUUUCCCCAGCCAACAGUGGUCUGGGCAUCCCAAGUUGACCAGGGAGCCAACUUCUCAGAAGUCUCCGACACCAGCUUUGAGCUGAACUCUAAGAAUGUGACCAUAAAGGUUGUAUCUGUACUCUACAAUGUCACGAUCAACAACACAUACUCCUGUAUGAUUGAAAACAACAUUGCCAAAGCCACGGGGGAUAUCAAAGUGACAGACUCUGAGAUUAAAAGGCAAAGUCACCUCCAGCUGCUGAACUCAAAGGCUUCCCUGUGUGUCUCUUCUGUUGCCAUCACCUGGGUACUCCUGCCUCUCUGCCCUUACCUGAUGCUAAAAUAAUGCACCUUGGCUACACAGAAACA